CUCCCCCUCACCUAACCUGCUUGUGUCCUCAAUCCUGGGUGAGUUAUUCAUUGCUUAAAUCUCAGGAGAACACAGGGCCAGCUUCCAUACCACUGCUCCUCUAAGAUCCGCUCUUGGGCCAUGGCUGUUCACAGACAAACAUCAAAGAUGGCACUGUACCUUGUUUGGACCCUGAUGGGCUUCAGUCUAAGUGCCCCUCCAAUUACUUCGGGCCCUGGACCAUAUGACCUGGAGAAUUAUGAUGACUCAAACACAUGGAAUCUAAACACAUAUGGAGAGACCUAUGUUUAUGAUGACCUGGAUGAGGAGGUUGGGACGCUGGCUCCUCCCCCAGCAGUCACUCAGCCACCUGCUAUAGUUCCUCCAAAGGACUAUGUGGAGGAAGUGACACUGCCGCCCCGUCCGACAAAGUCAGUUUUCCCUUCCUCUCUAGACUUCCAUGGUCCAGGCCUGUUUGGGCCUGACACAGGCUUAGGCAUGCCCUCCUGCCUGCUGUGUGUGUGUAUCAGUGGCAGUGUGUACUGUGAUGACUCAGAUCUGACUCAGAUUCCCCCUCUCCCUAAAGAAACCACACACUUCUACGCUCGCUUCAACAAGAUCACAGAGGUCAGGGCCACAGACUUCAUCAAUCUCAAUCAGCUAAAAAGGAUCGACCUGAGUGGAAACCAGAUAAGUAUAGUGAAUGAGGAUGCUUUUCGGUCAACUCUUCAGCUUCAGGAUCUCAUAUUGGCUGAUAACAACAUCCAGGCCCUUCCAGAACUCCCAGCUACCCUCAAACACAUCGAUGUUCGCAAUAACCAGAUGAGGAGUACAGGCAUGCAUGCAGAGGCCUUUAUGAAGAUGAAGGAACUUCAGUUCCUGUACCUGUCAAAUAACAAGUUAGACUACAUUCCCGUACCCCUGCCUGAGAGCCUGCGAGUGCUCCACCUGCAGAACAACAAUAUACAGAGCAUAGGCCAAGAUACUUUCUGCAACACCCACGACAUAAACUACAUACGGAAAGCCCUGGAGGACAUUAGGCUUGACGGCAACCCUGUGGAUAUCAAUCUUUAUGCCCAUGCUUAUGUCUGCUUACCACGACUACCUAUAGGAACUCCAGUCUAGGACAGCGUCCCCCUAUUUUCCGCAGUUUGUGUGUGUAUGUGUGUAUUUUCUGAACUUGAUAACUCAUAACAAAUACUUUAAAAUGUCACCAUAUCAAUAUCUAGGCAAUCAAUAUCUAUCUUUGAAAUUCCAGGUUAGUUCUUAUUUAGCCAGUCAUGCUAGGUAGGCAUUUAGUGACUUUGCACUCAUUACAAUCCAAGUACAAAAUGGCUCUGUUUCAAAAUCCAGUGAGCUACCAUAGACCUAAUCCUAAAUGUAAAGGCAAAGUAAGUGACCAAUUUGAAACCUUCAGAGGCUCCAAUACUGCAAAAACAGGAGAUGCAACUCACAGUUGAUUUUAACAGUGUUUGCAGUUAGCAAGUUGCUAAGCUAAUACAUUGUUAGUCAGAUAACCAUAUAAAUAAGAAGCACACAAAAAUAUGUAGUAAAAUAGUUCAUUCAUUAGUCAUAAAUGUGCAACAGGCAAUAUAAUAUAAUUUUGCGGAAAUGUCACCACAGGCACAUUUUUGUAACAUUCUCAAACAUUUUUAUAAAUUACAAUUUUGUGAUGCAACCACCAUUUGGGAGGCUCUCUCUCUCUCUCUAGGGGCGUUGCAGUGUAUUCUAGGAUUUCCUUCUGUAUGAAGGAUAUAUGCAAUGCUGCCUUACAAUUUGUUCAUAAGUAGGCAGCAUAAUCCUGCUAGCUACCUUUUGGAACACGUUUCAUGUUGUGAGCAUGCCUUUGAUGCCUUAAAAUGUCUUUGUAGGCGGAUCACUAGGUUUUGGAACAGAGACAUUGAUUAGUCAUGACAAAGGAAGCCAGAGCAACAGUAGCCUAUAGUUUACAACUACAACAGAUUUUCAAUUUUUACCACAAUGUGGCGCCAUUCUCCAGUAUUUUCCAUCUGCGGUAACAAAUUUCUGCAUUUCUAUAGACACUCAGCUCCAUCUUCAGGUGUUUUUGUCAUUUAAUCUUAGACUCAUGCUAAUGGUCUUUGCCAAUGCACUGUUCUUUAUUAAUGAUGCUGCAUGUUUGCUUGAUUUGCUCUAUCUCUCUUUCCCAUUCAACAGUUUUCAGGACGUAUGUACAUGUGACAACUCAGCUGCAUCUAUUUUUAAAUCAAUUCGUUCAUGUACCACUGCAGGUGGUUUCUGAGGUUACUUAGCAACUAUCAAAUAUUUAUAGUUUAACAUUUACCCAUGAGCACAAUGUAAAGAUACUCCUAGAUUUGCACUGGAUCUUAAGCACCUGUAAAGACAUCACAAAUGUAAUCCCAUGAGAAUGAACAGGUUUUCACACACCAAAAUGUGUGAGCUCAUUCUUUCAGCUUUGAAGCUAUGCCAGAAGCGCGAUGUCCAAUUGGACAAAGUGCCACACAGGUCUUCACUGCAAGCAUCCCACACAGAUCCAUUUAAUGCCACAUUUUGAAUGAAGCCCAGAUAUCUGUCCAAACAAUAAAUUAAACAGAACAGCAGAAAA